AGUCGUUUCAUAACCCAUUUCCGGGAACCUUCCUCCGCUUUAAUCUCUUCCGUACACACUAAUCAUAUAAAUAUGUUGCUGUACGUGUAUAUAUGUUUUAUAGACGAUAAAGAUUGCACAAUUUCUCAAUAAAUAGAUUUACACAUUUCCUCAACAUAACCAAAAGAUCCAAACUACCCUUCUCUGAUCAAAUGGAUUGUUCAUUCAUAACUACAAACGAUCUCCGAAGAAUGUUCAAGACGCUCGACAAGAACCAAGACGGGCUUGUGACCCUCGACGAGCUCCUUUGGAUUCUUGAUAAACUCGGUUGGGCCGAACACACUCCCGAUGAGCUUGAACUGAUCGUUGGUAAACAGAGCCUCGAUUUAGACGAGUUCCUUCGGUUCUACUACGACGCUGUUUUAGAUAGCAAAGGAUCUAAGAAGAAUAUUGAUGUUGUUGCUGAUAAUGAUGAAGCGAUUGCGAGGGCGUUUAAUGUGUUCGAUGUGAACGGAGAUGGUUAUAUUUCAGCGGAGGAGCUUCGUGAUGUGUUGGAACGGCUAGGGUUUGAGGAGGAGGCAAAGGCUUGGGAUUGUGGGAGAAUGAUUCGAGUUCAUGACAAGAAUCUUGAUGGUUUUGUUGACUUUGAAGAAUUCAAGAACAUGAUCUUACAUGUCUAAUGAUGGUGAUACACAUGUGACAUGUGUGUGUAGUCCUUUUACAUGUUUGAUGUGUUAUUUGCAAAUUGCAAUCACUAUAUGUAAAGUAUAUCUUUGCUUAUCCGAUGUGUUGAUGUAUAAACUGUCUAGCUUUUAUACUAUGAUAAAUUAUUAAUUUUGGUAAUGAAAUGGCUCUUCUCACUAAAGCCGUUAGUAGAUAUAUAUGUAUGGAUUAUCAAUUUUCAGUGUAUUAGUUUCAAUCCAGCUUAAGCUAAAAUGUCCAAAGGAUUGCCUUUUUUUGUUUGUUUAUCAAAUUGUUCGACUUAAAAGUUCUAGGGAAUCCAAGUCUUA